AUGGAGAACAUAAGGAGGAAUUUUGCUUUGGAGCCCAACAGGUCAAUCAGAUAUACAGUGACUGAGUUUGUCCUCCUGGGUUUUCCUGGUCAUAGGGAAAUGCAAAAUCUCCUCUUUUUCUUAAUAUUAGUGGUGUACAUCCUGACUUUGUUGGGUAAUGGAGCCAUUGUCUGUGCAGUGAAAUGGGACAAGCAGCUCCACACACCCAUGUACAUCCUCCUGGGAAACUUUGCUUUCCUUGAAAUAUGGUAUGUUUCUUCUACGGUUCCCAACAUGUUAGUCAACUUUCUGUCAGAGACCAAGACUAUUUCCUUCUCUGGUUGCUUCUGCCAGUUCUACUUCUUUUUCUCCCUGGGUACUACUGAGUGUUUCUUCCUAUCAAUCAUGGCAUAUGAUCGAUACCUAGCCAUCUGCCGACCUCUACACUACCCCACCAUCAUGACAGGGAGGUUCUGCGCCAAUCUGAUAUCUGCCUGCUGGGUGAGUGGAUUCCUUUGUUACCCAAUUCCCAUCAUUCUCAUAUCUCAGCUGCCCUUCUGUGGGCCUAACAUCAUUGAUCACUUUGUCUGUGACCCAGGCCCAUUAUUUGCACUUAUUUGUGUCCCUGCUCCUGUUAUUAAACUCAUCUGCUAUACUUUCAACUCCAUGAUUAUCUUCGGACCCUUUCUCUCCAUCCUUGGAUCUUACACCCUGGUCCUCAGAGCUGUACUUCGUGUUCCCUCUGGUGCUGGCCGACGUAAAGCCUUCUCCACAUGUGGAUCCCAUCUGAUGGUUGUGUCUCUGUUCUAUGGCACUCUGAUGGUGAUGUAUGUAAGCCCAACAUCUGGGAAUCCAGCUGGAAUGCAGAAGAUUGUCACACUGGUGUACUCAGUAGUAACUCCACUCUUAAACCCCCUGAUCUACAGUCUACGCAACAAAGAUAUGAAAAAUGCCCUGAGGAAAGUCCUAGGAGGAUUAAAAAUUAGCCAAAGUCCAUGA